GAUUAGAACGCACGCGAGCGAGUCCCGUCCCCACCGGCUGUUAAAAACAUAAGCUAAUGCUACAGACGAUAUAGAAAUCGAACUGAUCCAAAUUGUUAUCUGGAAAAAGUCGUGCGUGUGUUUCUGUCCAGUGCAGCCAACGUCGCGCGGACACCUAUUUAAAUACAUUUUUAUUAUUUUUUUGAUUAAUUUUUUUUCGCACCAAGUUAAUUGGCGAUGUGCUGUGCGUGAUGUGCGGGUUGUUGCUGCAUUCAUCUGUGGCAGAAAAUACUUGAAAAGAUAUAGUUUUCGAAUACUUAAGCAGUGGGUCGCAAUGUCUGGAAAGAACCAUAUGAGCGUCUUCAUGGAUAAGAUCAACACGACGCUGCAGUCGUGUCCCAUUGUGUGCAUCAAUGAACCGGACACGCACAGUGCCAACUCGGAAAUACUUCAGGCAAGUCCGGAGAGCACGCUAGAGAAGACCAAGGCGUCGCCCGGGGGAGCCAGCACUUCUGUGACCAGCUUGAACGGCAACUGCAUUGCCAUCAAUGGAGGAGCGGGCGUAGCAGAAGCAGUUACUAUCGACGCAACAACAACCACUAGUAGUGCGGCUGGAGUGACUAAGAUAACGAUAACCAGUGACAACGCUACAGCCAUCAAAACAGACGUCCCGAGCAACAACGACUGUUAUAAGAACAGCAGUUUGGUGUCUAUCACCAGCCUAAACAGCUGCAGCGACCUCGACCUCAACCAGGGCAGUACCGCCACCCUGCCCAUCAUUAGCAUUAGCAGCAGCAGUAGCAACGUUAACACCCACCCCGUCAGCGGCAACGGUAAUAACAACAACAACGGCAGCGACACCUCGUCCAAUAACUUCCAGGAGCGUUUUUACUUUGAGCAUUGGAAAGGUUUUCUCAGAGAUUACAACUGCUUCCACGGACUAUAUCGCUAUUGGAAUCAGUACAGCGGACGCAGCGCUCCCAACCGUGACAGUAGCUGCAGCGGCAGUCAACAGCAGCGGCAGCAGUCACAGUCGGACCAUGAAAACGGCCUGGGCAGCGGAGCCGGUUCCUUCUACACCCACAACAUACUAGGCUACACAUUUGGGUAUCCCUUUGGUUUGAAGGAGGACCUUGACGGCAACGGGAGCGGGAGCGCCAACUGUAACGGAAACAGAAGCAGCAAUAAUUGUAGUCUUGGAUUUAGGAAGUGGCUAUCAGACAGCACCAGUAGCAACGAGACUCCGCUCCAGAAGCACUACAGGCACCAACAGAAAAAGAAAAUGCCCGGGUUCAGAGGCAGAAGGGUCUGGUGCGGUUGCUUCAAGGAUGAUGAGCCACCUGAGAUAUGCGUGGUGGAAGGGGCUUUCACCCUGCAGACGCUCACGCCUACGCAACCCAUGCCUUCGGUGGAUGAGUUGGACUCGAAAUUCGCGGAACUGGUCGAGGAGCUCGAUCUGACAGCCCCCAACAAGGAGGCGAUGCUGAGCCUUCCUGCGCAGAAGAAGUGGCAGAUAUACUGCUCGAGGAAAUUGCCCCUAGAUACAGGCGAUGGACCAGAUGCGGCGGCCAUCACCCAACCUCCCACCGCAGAGCACUACAUCGAGCGACUAAAGGACCUGGUGGUACACAUAUCCCUCUCACCAGAAGACUCGCCCAGCCAUGAGGUGGGAAACCGCCUAGAUGGCCAUGCCGCCUUUGUCGAUGCCGUGAAGACGGCUUUGCGCACCUCCACGCACAGCUUCGUGCUCCGAUUUGUGGAGCUCGAUGGGCUGCCGGCCCUGCUCGAUCUCCUGCUCCAGCUGGACAUCCGGGUAGCCAACAGCCCUCUCCACACCAGUCUCAUUGGCUGCAUAAAGGCGCUGAUGAACAAUUCGAUGGGACGGGCCCACGUCCUAGCCCAUCCUACGGCCAUUGACACGAUAGCAAGAUCCCUGGUCGCAGAUAACAUCCGCACCAAGAUCGCCGCCCUGGAGAUCCUGGGCGCCGUAUGCCUAGUGCCCGGCGGUCAUCGCAAGGUGCUGCAGGCUAUGCUCUACUUCCAGGAGUUUGCCACUGAGCGGACACGUUUCCAGAGCAUAGUCAACGAUUUGGAUCGCUCCACCUAUGCGUACAGGGACAAUGUUAAUCUGAAGACCGCUCUCAUGUCAUUCGUGAAUGCGGUGCUAAACUACGGACCCGGCCAGGAGAACCUCGACUUCCGACUGCACUUGAGAUACGAGUUCCUCAUGCUAGGCAUUCAACCAGUGAUAGAAAAGCUGAGAACGCACGAGAACGAGACAUUGGACCGGCAUUUGGAUUUCUUUGAGAUGGUGCGUGCCGAGGAUGAGAAGGAAUUUGCCCGCCGCUUCAACGAGGAACAUGUAGACACCAAGAGCGCAGGCUCAAUGUUUGAGCUGCUGCGCCGCAAGCUUAGCCACUCCCCCGCUUAUUCCCACAUGCUCUCUCUUCUGCAGCACAUGCUCCUGCUUCCCUAUACGGGCCACUGCACGGAGCACUGGCUGCUAAUAGAUCGCGUGGUGCAACAAAUUGUGCUCCAGGUGGAACAGCGGCCGAGCAGCGAUCUCAUCUCCGAUCCGGAUGACCCUGAGAAGCAAAUAAAAAUGGCUAGCGGCUCGACAGUCCACGAUCCUGAUGUAGCACCUUUGAAGAUCGACGUGGCCAAGCUCGUUCGUUUGCUAGUCAAGGAGGAAGAGCUGACGCAGGCGCGAAAGAGGGCUGACGAGUUGGAGCGCGAGAACUUUGACGUACAGUCGCGACUGGCCAAGAAGGAGCAGGAACUCGACCUGCGCAUGCAGGAGAAGGAGGACCUGGAGACGGGUCUAGCGCGUAUGCGCGAACGUUUGGAAAAAGAGUCCACGCAGCACUCACAGGCCGUGCAACGGGCACAGACGGCUGAGAUGCGAGCGGAGGACCUUUGGCACCGUCUACUUAGCGAACAGCAGGAGCGUGCACGCUUGGAGCGGCUGGUUACCGAGGGCAGCAUCCCUGACGACCAAAAGGUGGCCGGUCUGACUGGCUGCAACGGGGCAGUUUCGCCCCCGCAGGCGCCUCCCAUGCUCAAGGCCAUUCCGCCGCCCCCACCGCCCAUGGCGCCGUCCAUGAUGCCCCCACCACCACCUCCCUGCCCUGGAGCCCCACCACCACCUAGCAUGCCUCAAACGACGGCUCCUGCGCCACCAAAAACCGAUUUGCCAAAGAAGAAUGUGCCACAGCCGACGAAUCCCCUUAAGAGCUUCAACUGGUCAAAACUGCCGGACGCCAAGCUGCAAGGCACAGUGUGGAGCGAACUGGACGAGAGCAAGCUAUACAAUAACAUGGAGCUAGAGUCGAUAGAUAAGUUGUUUUCGGCAUACCAAAAGAACGGGGUGUCGACCACCGAUGGAUCCUAUGAGGACUUAAGGGUUACUGGCAAGGCGGCCAAGCAGAAAGUGCUAUCGGUGAUCGAUGGACGCAGGGCGCAGAACUGCACGAUCCUGCUGAGUAAGCUGAAGAUGAGCGACAUAGAGAUAUCAAAGGCCAUUCUCUCUAUGGAUAGCAACGAGCAACUGCAGUUAGACAUGGUCGAGCAACUUCUCAAGUUCACGCCCUCGGCGGAAGAGCGAGCCUUACUGGACGAGCACAGCGAGGAUAUUGAGUCUCUGGCGCGGGCCGAUCGCUUUCUUUAUGAGAUAUCAAAGAUUCCCCACUACGAGCAGCGUUUGAAGAGUCUGCACUAUAAGAAGCGUUUUAUGCUAACCAUCAACGAUCUGAUUCCUCGCAUAACCAGUGUUAUGGAAGCCUCUCGCGAAGUAGCUCGUUCCCGUCGCCUGCGCAAGCUUUUGGAGUUGGUUCUGGCCUUGGGAAACUACAUGAAUCGCGGGGCUCGCGGAAAUGCCUCCGGAUUCCGGCUGGCGUCGCUAAACCGACUUGCAGACACGAAGUCCAGUGCCGCAAAGGGCACCACACUGCUACACUACCUCGUCCAGGUAAUCGAACGCAAGUUUAAGGACCUUCUUAAGUUGGAGGACGACAUCCCGCAUGUGCGCGAAGCCUCCAAAGUGUCGCUGGGCGAGAUGGAUAAGGACAUUCAGAUGUUACGCACAGGCUUGGCAGACGUGGCUCGCGAGAUUGAGUUUCAUCGCAGUUCAGGUCCAGCCCAGCAGGGUGACCGCUUUCUGCCAGUGAUGCGAGAGUUCCACGCGCAGGCGUCGGUGCGUUUUGCAGAGCUGGAGGACAAGUUCCAAGACAUGAAGACGCGCUUCGACAGAGCGGUACGUCUGUUCGGCGAGGAUGGAUCUGUGCUGCAGCCCGACGAGUUCUUCGGAAUCUUUGACUCCUUCCUCGGCGCAUUCGCGGAGGCGCGGCAUGACAAUGAGAGCUUCCGCCGACGCCAGGAGGAAGAGGAGAAACGCUCAAAGCAGGAGGCUGAGCUCAAGAAGCGGACCAUAGAGCGCAAGAAUAAGACCGGUCUGAUGAGCAGCGUGGCUCGCAACUUGGGCCUCAAGUCUGGCUCGCCGGACGGAGCCCCAGAUUCUCCAGCCAAGGGAGGAGGCGUAGACAACAAGGGUGAGUUCGACGACCUCAUCUCAGCCCUAAGAACCGGCGACGUUUUUGGCGAGGAUAUGGCCAAAUUCAAGCGGUCACGCAAGGCGCGAGUGCUUAACGGCAGCGGCACAACCGCCGGACACACCUCUCCGCCCCGCCACGGCAGCCUGCAACGGGAGGAAAGUGGACGGGAGCGAGAACGAACUGUGAGACGCCAAUAGAAAUAUAGUGCAGAUUAAGAGUAUGAGGAUUAAAAAGAUUCUCCUCCGUAUCUGGCACUGGUGUAAAGUAAUGUUUCUUGAUUGCGGGGAAGUAUUUUUUUCUUACAUUAUAGACCCUUUUUGUAAUUAUUUUUAUCUACAACUAGUACGUAUACACUACGGCUUGUGUAUACCUACUUAUAUAGCACAUAACUAAACGAAAAGCUCGGCUAAUGCAAGCGUGAAACCAAAUUUUUUACAAAAUCGAAAUUUAAUUAUAAUAAAGUCUAUAAAAAUGUUAUAAACUAAUCGAAUCGUCGUAGAUCGGAUCAUGUAUAACGUACCUUAGAAAUUGUAUUUAGAAACCAUAAGGCAUAAAUGCUUCUACGAUUAUCUCUUCGCGCAUAAUGCUAAACAUACAUACAUAAAUAUAAUCGAUUUCUCAGUGCUCAAUCAUUUAUCGUAGCGCAAUCGAGUAAACUCAAUAUAAUCACAGCACAUGGAAUCGCUAAAGAGCUCAGAGAAGCUCUAUAGCCGCCAUAAAGUCAUGUUCAAAAUUAAGGUACAUAUGUAUGUGUACAUUGUUUGUUUCUUUUUUGUUUUUUUUUAGCACGAAGAACCUUAUCAAACAUACAAAAAUCUUAAGGCGCACUAGGAGUUUUGCACUGAUUCGCUUUAAUGCGGAGAAAGCUAUCUUCUACUGGAAAUUAUUUCCCUACUGUUAACAAAUUAUAAUAAACAUUUAUUGUGAAUAAAAUAAACAAAGCUA